AUGUACUCACGGAUUCUGAUAAGUCACUUUCCAGGUGCCGUCCUUUUCAUAAUUCUGGGAUCUCUCAAUGUUCAGAACUCGAUGACGAAGUUUGAUAUGUUUCAAGAGCCCAUGAUGCUCGGCAUAGGCCUUGAGCUUUGUGCAUCCACUGUACCUGUCAAUGACGGGUCCGUACAACAAAGCUGUCAACUGCAAAAAUCUAGCUCAAUAUUUGAUCUACAUAUGAACUUUGAGAAUUUGGGAACCGAGUUUAUCAGUAAUUCUGUGGCUCCGGAAUACGUAUUCAAAAUGCCUCCAAAGUCGAAGAAGGCCGAGACCACCGCUGCCGCCGCUGCUCCUGCUGCCGAGGAGCCAGCCCCAGCUGAGCCAGCUGCUCCAGUCGAGGAGCCACCAAAGGCAGAAGAGCCAUCUGCCGCGAAGCCUGCCGACAAAAAGCAGGUUGUCACCAAAUCCGGUCGGGCAGUUCGUGCCGCAAAGAAGCCGUUGCCGACACCAGCCGUCGAGUCGGACCAGGAGAAGGAGGACGACGAGUAUCAAGGUGAUGAGGACGAUGAGGAGGUCACCUUCGAGCCGGCUCCAAAGAAGAAGGCUCGUGGAAAACGAAGCUACGACGAAGACGUCGACUAUGGAAAGGCGAAGAAGUCUGGUAGAAAGACUACUGUCAAGAAAGGUGGAUCCAAGCCAUCCACUAGAACUACGGCUCGCAAGAACGUUCCAUCCGAGGAGGAGGAAGAAGAAGAAGAGGAGGAAGAGAAGGAGGUGAAGAACAAUAAGGGAGCAGGAAAGAAAGCUCACGCUGAAAGCGAUGGAGACUCAUCGGAUGGCGAGGCUCCAGCUCGCAAGGCACCACAACGUGCCAGCGGACGCACUCGCAUGUCGGGAGCUCCACCAUCGGCUCGUCUUGCCGCCAACAAGAAGAAGAACGACGACUCGGACUAG